AUGCAGCAGACGGAGACCAUUACAGCUGCGAUGGCGGCAUAUCCCUCCCUGCCCGCCUCCCCUACGCUCACGAACCCCGAUAUGAUCCUUCCUUACGGCGAGUACGAUUCCACGAAUUCCCCUCCUUAUCGAUCAGCUUCAUCCGUCGACGAGUGGAGGGGCUCCGACCCAGCGACCAUGCAGUUCUCAAUUGGACCUCCACAUACCCAUCUGGGCACUGUGAUGCCCACCACGCCGAUAAUAUACGGGAAUGGAACCAUGCUAUCAGACAUUGGCGAGGUGACAGAGGCAGAGAGUACAGUUGGGCGAAAAUUGCCGGGACCAGCAGAGAGAAGGCUCCUCAAGCAGGCGCAAGGCUUUCCCCUCCGACCUAGCCCGGUACUGGGGCACAAUGCAAGAAAGCGAACGAGACCGGUGGCGCACGAGAGAAAGGUUUCGACAGGAUCAACGAGCACAAUCACUGAUGACGGGCCGCCGCCAGCCGAGUUAUUCAAGGACUUUGAUGAUGAUGGAGUUAGUGUGGAUGACAGCAACUUUCAGGGUGAUGAUGAGGAGAGCAUCGCCGACUCCUAUAGCGAGGAAGUGUUUGCGAUGGAGACAGAGCGACUAUCGAGAAAUCAGAACGGCAUUGACGAUGACCCAAACUCGAGCGCCGCCUUGAGCAGAAGGGCGGAAGAAAUUCUACAAAAUGCCAAGAGGCGACUGAACAAUAUGGAGGGCAAUCUCUCGCGCGCCCGAAGCCCCCUUUAUAGCACACCUUCGGGCUCAAUAUCUUCUAUACAUGUCACCAGUCCAUUAUCUCGAUCGACUCCAACCCCUCAAAACGAUCGUCUUACAUCACCCCAACUUGGUAUGACACCUACGGCAAACCUUCAGUCCCACAAGCCGGGUGAAUCACAUAGCACAAGCCCAGGGCACUCGAGAGUUUACAGUGAAACAUCGAUCGCAUCGACUCCCUCCGUUCUUCGAACCGCACCAUUCCCUGUUCGGUCCGCAAGUGCAGCAGCUCAGUAUAUAGGCAGAAAUGUCACUGAGAGCAGCCGGGUAUCACCCCCUUUAAACAAGAAUGCGGGGACUGCUCGAGAGGAGACCAAACAUUCUGGGGUUUCGCCGCCAUUGAGCAAGAGAUCAUCCCCCCAUGGCGUGCACCUUGAACCAUUGAGCGAACGUGACACUGUUCCUGAACUCGAGGUGGAUCGUACUAGCAUGAGGUCUAAUCUGGAAGAAGGGUAUCAUGAUCCGACUAGCGAACAUAUAGGUCUGACACGAUCAACGUCUUCCAUGCAAAUGCGAGAUUUACGGGACCAGAUGCAUGAUUUGAAAGGGAGAUUGUCGGUUUUGCGGGACCGCGCUCGGGAUGAUACUAUGAAACGCCGAAGCUUGCAAAGCUUAAGGACUCCCAGCCCUUUUACCGCUGCUGAGCAGUGGUAUAGUGCUGCUAAGAGCUAUGCCAUGCCAGGCCUCAGUGCUGAUGCAGGGAUUGGACAUUCUCCGUUGAAGGAUGGGUUUUUCGAGCCGAGAGAGGACACCGUUGAUGGUAAUCUACAUCAUGCUGGGCAGAGCGCUGCGACUCCGGUUCCUGAAUAUGCAAACUCUGAAGCCACGAGCGCCUAUGAGGAUGUCAGCGAGGGUUAUCAUGCCACAGAAGACUCAGCGAGUAACCAUGAUCCCCAGACCUUAGACGAUGGGGAAUCGUUCCAUACAACAGCAGAAGACGGUGAUCAAGAGGGCCCCGACAAUGAUUACGAUGAUGAACUUGACUACGAGAGCGAUGCGUCGCUCUAUUAUGACACCACUACCAUAUCUCAUGAGGAUCGGGAAGAUGCAUUCGACUAUGAGCAUUUCUUCCUCCACAGUUCAAUGGGAACAAUCAGUCAGCAAGCUCUCAGACGAGACAGCAUCAGUUCUACUGACUCUGCGGAAACUACUCGAGGACCCCCUGCCCGACCAAUGAAUGGCGAGAACAAGCGUAGCGAAAGUCCAAGGGAUCCCUUUGGCCAUCUGCGAUCUGAGAGUGCACAGUCAAUCUCAACAAUCAACACCUUUGCUACUGCCACAGAGGGGUUAGAAUCUGAGAAUGGUGACCAUGAGGAUCAUGAUUACGCUGUUCAACACGUGAGUACCAAACGUUUGACAUUUGGGUCUCUAUCAGACGGAAACAGAGCCCCAGAGGAAGAACAAAGGCCUGGUUCCGCGAUCCAUAACCCCCAAGGGCGGAACGGUAGGAACAUCCACCGACCUUCUGUUGCGUCCUUCGACUCCGGCUCCACAGGCACAACCCGGAGCUUUCCCCUUGUUAAUAAGCCGAAAUCCCAGCAGCAGCAGUCUUCGAACGGUACCUUGGAUACUCGUUCCAAUCGCUCUUUCAGUGACUCUGCAUCAUUGGCCGACAGCCAACGUAAUGGGGGUCAUCAAUCACCAGUACACAUGCUCGAGAAAGAAGACCGGCUCUUGGUAGAGCAGCUCGUGGCCAGUCUCGGGGCAUGUGUCCUAGGCUUGCAGGAAUCACGGGGCAGUUAUGAGGCGAGAUCCUGGAGACGCCGCUUAGAUGCCGCGCGGAGAAUCCUCGAUGGCGAAGCAAGAGCUCUAUGA